UUCAAAUAAGACGUCGGUUAUUUUGCUUGGGAUUUUUAGUUGUAAAUAAUAUUCUCAUUUGACUGUUAAGCUUAUUAAUAUUAGAAGAAUUUUUAUAUACCCUUUUCUCGUUUGUGCCAUAAAAAUGACAAUUUUAUCCUACUUAAAACGUUAAAGCCAAAGUUAGCCCUACAUUACUCAACAGUUACUUGUUCAGUGGUUAGAAAAUGUGCCAGUAACCAAAAAUAAAAUUGUAACUUUGAAUUUGGGUGUAUUGUUAAUAUGUAAAGAAGACUAUUGAAACAUCACAAGUUCUCCUUUGCUCUUACCAUCUUUUAAGUUAUACGCUGUCAUGGGUAGGGCCUGGUUAUAAAGUAUAAGACUUAUUUUCUACAUUGAAUUCUGAUAAGUAAUCUUACUAUUCGUAGUUUGAUUUACCACCCGAAGGCAAGGUGUUGUUAACGUGUUCCUUUUAAAUUAUAUUGUUCCGUAAAAUACCGUUUAUAGGAACAGAGAAUUUGUUUUAUAACAUCCUGAACUAUUAUUAAUAAGUGUAAUUGCACCCUCUAUUAUAAUUAUAUUUAUUAUUGGCUGACUAGUUAGAUAUGACCAAUUUUAUAAAUCAACUUACCUGUGGAACUUACCAGUCUAAUUUAAAAAGCAUUUUCUUCUUUAAUUGCAAUGAAUACUUGUACAUCUGAUGGACAACAGAAAUUAUUAAAAGAAGUUAAAGAUGAAAUUGAAGAAUGUGUGACUGAUGAAGAUAUUGCUUUGUAUGGAAAGCAGUUGGGCAUUGAUGUUGACCAAGAGCAACAUUUACUGUGGAUAGCAGAAGAAGGCCUUCAAGCUACUGUCCCUCCUCCCUGGUGUCCAGUAGAAGACCCACGAGGAAGAAUCUAUUAUUACAACCAAAAGACAGAUGAAGCUAGUUGGGAACACCCACUAGAUCCUUACUACAGAAGUAUUGUGGAACAGGAGAGACAAAAAUCAAAGUCUAGAGAAAACACACUUGAUAUUUCGGAUCAAGGUUUUGACUCCAAGCUAUCAUCUUUUGCUGACGGACCUCUUUUAAAGUCUACUGGAAAAGAUUCAGUUUCAGUAGCAUCAGAGACAAAAAGCCUAAAUGUAUCAUGCCAAGGAAAAGUUGGAAGGUCAGAUAAAAAGAUUAUUCAGCCAGACACGUUGAUUAAAAAUCCUUCAGAUCAGAGAAGUCUGGACUCUUCCCAGCUGGUAACAAGCCUUAAACAAACUCAAGAAGAAAUGACUGGGACUGAAAAAGGGGUGAUUCCAGAGGGAUCCAGUAGAAGGUCUCUUCUUGGAAAAUUAAGUGGAAUGCUGAAGGAAAAUCCUAGGAUUGUUAAACAGGACAACAUGAAAUCUCAAGUUAAAUUUGACCUUGACAGUGACUCUGAAGAUAAAUCACAUUAUUCUUAUGAGGUCCAUAUGGCUGGUAUAAAUGAAAUCUUAAUGUUAACUGCUCAUGAUGUUCAGCAGACUUCCAAGGAGAAUAAAAAGCAAGAAAACCAAGAUACAAAUCUGAAAGAAGUCUCUGAAAAAAAUAAAAAAAGGUAUUCUAUCCCAAUUUAA